AUGACAAACGGUGGAGAACUUGCAAGUCAACUACUACCCGAGCAUCAUACCACCGUCUGUUCGUGGAUCUGCCAAACCUUUGCCGCCCGACAGCAAACUAUCCUCAAUCUCGUCAAGAAGGCUAAGAGCUCUAUUCAUUUAAGCUUUGAUCUAUGGACUGCUUCAAAUGCGUCUAAUUACAUCGGAAUCGUCGGCCACUUUGUUGACAUUGAAGGCGAGAAACGCGAUGUGCUUCUGGGACUGCCGCGCCUGGUCGGCCCACACUCCGGUGAGAAUAUAGCCUUCUAUGUUAAAGAGGUGGUCGACCAGUAUGAACUGGGCUCAAAGCUUGGGUACUUCAUGCUCGAUAACGCCGAGAGUAACGAUACCUGCUUAGAAACGCUUGCUAGAUGGUUUCCAAUGGACGUCCGUCGUCGCCGGUUGCGUUGCAUUGGUCACGUUAUCAGCAUCAUUGUCCGGGCUGCUAUCUUCGGCUCGAACAUUAGUACCUUUGAGGCAGAGCUUCGUGGGGCCACUGAUGAAUUUAGAUUCGAAGUCUGGGCCAAGAAAGGAGCUAUUGGUAAGCUCCAUAACCUUGCUACCUACAUCCGUCGGACAGAUCAGCGACGACAGGCUCUUCGGCAAUUGCAAACCGAGCUCUCAGGUGAUGAUACCAUUUUCACCCUUGAAAUCAUUGUUGACGGCAAGACACGCUGGAACUCCAUUUAUAUGAUGAUCAAACGCGCGCUCGAGCUUCGCAGCGCGAUCGAGCUCUAUCAAUCCCGCUGGCAAAAGCCCAGAAACGACCCUAAUCACCGUGAUCUAACAAAAGACUUUCUCAACGCCGCGGACUGGGUUGAAUUGGAGCGUUUCUACGAGCUCCUGAAACCGUUCUACGUCCUUACAAAGACAAUGGAGGGCAACGCUAAUAAACCGGGGGCAGAAGGUGGCCACGGCGCCGUGUGGGAGACUUUGAAGACGAUGGACUACCUGUUUAUUAAAUUCAAGCAGGCUGCAUACGAAACUCGACUUGAAGAUGCCUCUCAUUUUAAGUCUGGUAUUGACUGCGGGUGGUCUAAGCUUGAAGACUACUAUGUCAAGUCAGACAGGACACCUGUCUACCGAGCAGCUCUAGCGCUCCAUCCUUCUUACGGAUACGACAACUUUGAGAGGCACUGGAAGAAAGCGAUGUCAUUGUCCGGGCUGCUAUCUUCGGCUCAAACAUUAAUUCGAAGUCUGGGCCAAGAAAGGAGCUAUCGCUCGUUUGGGAAGAGGUCAGUCAGCUCGCUGAAUGCACAGCGUAAGAAGGCCAAGGCAGUUAGCGAGCUUGACAGAUUCCAGACACGGCAAAUCUAUGCCGAGGAUCUUGACGUUGCGAGCCCUCUGGAAUGGUGGAGCCGACAUCAACAUGAAUAUCCAGUCUUGUAUCGGAUGGCGCUAGAUCUAUUCUCUAUUCCUGGAAUGAGUGCUGAAUGUGAGAGAGUGUUUAGCCAGACAAAGAAGAUGAUCACUGACGAGCGAAACCAACUGUCUCCAGAGGCAGUGGAGGCUGAUCAACUUCAAAAGCAGUGGUUAUCGAGAGGGUUAGUAACGUAG